GUUGACAGAGGAUGGGGAUUCCCUUAGCAACAUCCUAGCAACAGCGCGGCAGACUCGGUUACAUCCCGGGCUUAAAUUUCACGCUUCCUUCGAUCGAGCACGGCGGAGACGGGACACCAAAUGCCCGUGAGAAUUUGGCGGAGUGAGAGAUAUGUUGCGGUUUUAUAAAUAUAAUAUAGCAUAUUUACACUGGUGAAAAGAGAGAACAGUGUGAACAACAUGGCAGCAGCAGCAGUGGAUCUGAGAGCAAAGCGUACCAAAGCCGUUGCCCCACGUAGUCUGUUUGGUACUGUUGUGGAGAUCAAGGACAAGAAGGCUUUGGCCGAGACAGAGAGAGCUCAACCGCUCCCCAAACCCGUCAAACCGGACAGGUUGGCCCCUUACAGAGACCCCAAGGCGGAGGACAUCAUGAGAGCUGAGGCAGAGGAAUUACACAGGCAGAUCCACAAGGCUAAAUAUGCCAAAGGGAACCUUGAGGAGACCCAGCUGAAUGCCAUCCACUUCAGUCCUGACGAGAACACCAUCAAAGGCUCAAUUCCGGACGGCGCUCUCACGUUCACCCCAAAGGGACAUUACAGCCCGUACCAGAAUGAUGUCAAACACAACCCUCGCGACAUAGCCCUUGGGGAGCAAUUCAACAGACUGGGCUUGGAUCAGAAGAUGGAUUAUAACUAUGACAGAUUUCGUCGGCCGGCGACAAACUCCAAGUUUGAACAGGCUGGGACUGUGUUGGGAAAAGGAGGCUUGUUUUCGUACAAAGGAAAGAGUUUUGCGACCGUGGGCGGAAUGCCCAAAAGCAGGACUGGUACCGAUGGGCUUGCUCCUGUGGAAUCCCCUAAUAAUAAGGCGCGGUCCGGGAUUUUCUAUAUACCCCCCAACAUCAGGCACACCUACGGGGACAGUCUGUGUGACCAGCUCCUCGAAAAUAAAGAGGAGUUCCGCAAGUCCCUAGAGGCAAGGCUGCCAGAGAGACGCCGCACUGCUGCUCCGCGAUCGCCAGUCCAUAUCGAGAUCAAAUCAGAGCCUCUCUACGACGCGCUGGGCAAUGCACUGAGGCAAGACAUUUUCAACGGAGUGUCGCAUAGCCAUAUCAAGAGCUUGAACACCAGUUCCUACACUGAGGAUGUUCCCGCCAGAUCCACAGAGACGUAUCCACCCACAUUUGGGGUGCAAAGAAAUGCUGACAGUAAAUGGAAUGAAGAUAAUGUGCUCAGGCAACGGAUGAAGAAGCAAUGGGAUGCUAUGAUGCAGAGCAACAAGGAGUAGAUGAAGUGAAAAGGAUCAAGGCAAGGCAACUGCACCUUUUGUCCAAAAUGUUGACCUAUGAUAACCUUAUUCAAAAACUGACGCAUUUCUUUACUGAAUCCCCUAAAGACAGACUGUUGAGAUACUCCUAAGCCUUACGGUAAGAUGCUGCACUGUGAUAGAACAGUUCAGUUACGACACGUUGUUCACAGCGGGUGAGAACUGUACAAACAUAUUGGACUGUUCCAGAACUUAAGUUUGCUCCAAGUUACAGCAACAUUGCAUUGAGUGUGGGGCAUAUACAUGUAGAUUUACAAUGUAAAGCAAACAAAGUGAACAAAAAUAUAGAGUGGAUUCCCAGUAUAAAGAACAGUUGUAACAAUACUUUUGGACAGAGUAAAUUUUGCAAAUCCCAACUUGUUGAUUUCUUCUUUUGUUUCUUGUUCCCUUCCUCUUAUAACAAAGUCCUGGUUAUAGCGAAGUAAUAUGUCUGUCCCCUGCAAUUUUGUUGCAACAAGAGAUGACUGUACAAGACAUACACACCAUCACAGAACAGAUGCAGUUGUUUGAUUUCCAAGUCGUAGAUGUAUUUUCAAUUCUACAUGUAUUGCAUUCUAAUGUAUACACUGUACAAUAUUUCAUUACAUGGUGUAAAUUCCAUUAUAAUUAUGCAAUACCUGUACUUUGUAUAAAAAGCAGUUGUUUUAUUCCAACAUUACACUAUUUUUCUAUGUACAAAAUAAAUGUUCAAAUGUUUCCAA